AUGAUCGUUUUUAGCAUCCCACGAAGACGAAAACCAGUUUCACGUCCGGACACGGACGUUGGCGAAUCGUGAUACAAGAAAGAAGAAAUCGCUCAAUCGAUGAUCAUGCUUCUUCCAACGACGUUUCUCCCGGAAAGAAUGCUGUCGACGUCACGAUGUUCGCUAAUCUUGUUGUUAACAACGAUAGCGUCGUGCAUGGACGCAACGAUGAACGAUUUCCUGGGGGAUGGAACGACCACCGUGAUUUCUACGACCACCUCGGCGUCGGUGGUCACAACCAUAUCUAGCGUAAACGAAGUUGAGAAAAUAACGGUUAAUUCGUCAAAUGCUGCAAAAAGUCUGGAUGAAGAAAAUGUUCAAGACUCGUCCCACGCAUUCUCGCCCUCGUCUGACACGGUUUGGGAGUGUCCAAAUAUUACAAAAGCGGGUGUCGAGUGUUCCUGCGACUUUCCACACACGUUAAGAUGCACUGGUGAUAGAACGGCACUGCAGAUUAUCAGCAGACACUUGAGAUUUAGUCGUCCAGGAACGAUCUCUCUUCUGGAUGUAACAGUGACGGGAAUUUCAUUGCUACCGGCUCACUUUUUGGAGGAUGUCGCCUUGCAUGGACUUGUUGUUUCGACCGGAGAAUUGAGACGCGUCCAUGAAAACGCUUUUGUUGGUCUGGUAAAACCACUUCAAGCUCUUGGACUUCCAAACAAUCUAUUAGAUUCCGUACCCACGAUAGCUUUGUCUCAUUUGGUUGGUCUAGAAAGGUUGGAUCUGUCCCAAAAUAAACUAAAGACGCUGGAGGCCGAUUCUUUCAAGGGAUCGUCAAACUUGACGUACUUAGAUUUAUGCGACAAUUUAUUGUCGCAAUUAUCGCCUCAAGCUUUUGCAGCAUUGCCUUUGUUACGUUCGUUACGAAUGCGUGGUAAUCGUUUAAGUGUAUCAGCAUUAUCGGCGCUUAGAGGCCUUAAAAGUUUGGAAGAACUUGAUCUGUCUAAUAAUCUGUUACUGGGUCCAAUGGGUCCAAAUCUUCUUCCUCGAAUGCCGCGAUUACGCUCCCUUGCUGUAUCGGAAAAUGAGCUAGUAAACAUACAACAAGGAGCCCUUGUAGGUUUGAAGAAUUUGACUUAUCUCAGCUUAAGCCACAAUCAGAUCGAUGUACUGGAAGAUCAUUCGUUCAAGUAUUUAUCAACUCUCACCAGACUUGAUUUAGCUAAUAAUCGCAUCGUUGCAGUAUCUAGUUCUUCACUAGCACAUUUGGAAAAAUUGACGACACUGGAUUUAACGCAUAAUUUUCUGCGGUCUCUGACCGCUGAUUUGGUAGUACCAUUAAAAAGUCUGCAAGAUCUUCGUCUCGAUGAUAACGAUAUCACAAUGGUGGCUAGCGAUGUACCAACGUCCAAGUUGCGACUUAAAAAACUUUCCUUAGCUGACAAUCCAUUGAAUUGUGAUUGUACGCUUCUAGAAUUCGCUAAUUGGUUAAGCAAUUCUAGUUUGAACGAGGAAGAUAAGUCUUCAGCGGUCUGUGCAACACCACCUGCUUUGGAAAACGGUAUACUGACACAAGUUUCCCCCGGUAGUCUCCUUUGUGGUGAGCCAACGCCACCUAUCAUGACCAAACUGCCUCUUGCUGAUGCUCAAUUAACAUUGAAAGAAUUUCACUAUGAGAGAUCCACUGGUAUAAACCUCUUGUGGCAUGUAGAACCAUGUACAGAACGAUAUACAUGCGACACCUUAAUUGUCUACGAAACCAUUGGCGACAGUGAGGUUCAAACAGAUUCCAGUUCUCUUCAUUGCGAUUCACGUAUGAUGAGAGAUCCCUGUUCUCUUCCAGUUGCUAUACCUGCAUCGUUACAUUUACAACCAGGCCACAAAUAUCGUUACUGUGUCGUACUUCUGGUACCGAGUAGCUACGAUGACGUUUUCUUGGGUUUAGGUUGCAGUGAUGUAAUCACUCUAGAAGAAUCCAAACGAGAAUUGCAGCAAAAUCAAGAAAGUGUAAUGUCAGAGGCUUCUGCAUCAUUAGAUACUAGAAUAACUGGAGUUUAUGUGAAUGUAUCCGAUCAAGGUUUCUUGCACGUCGACGUCAGCUUAUCGAUUUCAAAAAAAUCGAAUCUACCUGAAUGCGAACUCUCAGUCGUCGUUUUCGACGCUGAAUCCGCAGUACAUAAACAAAAACUAAACUGCAGUUUAACAUUUGUGACACUAGCUGUGUUAUUGCCUGGUCACUAUAAAGUUUGCGCAAGUCUUGACGAAGUCAACGAAGAAGAUGUUAUCGCUAACUUUAUAGAUAAUCGAGAUAGAUUACGUUGCGUUGAAGUACAAGGAUUUAAACAAAAUACGGAGAUAAUUGUUUUAGCGAUAAUUGGAGCUAGUUGCGCUCUUCUAAUCACGGUUGCAGUAAUUAGUAGAAGUGUUCUAAAAAGAGUGAGACAUCCUAGAAUACAGACGCAAUGUUUUUUACCUGCACAGGAAUUCGAAAUAACUCAUAAAGCACAUUACAUUAAAUUAUUAGCUACAACAAAAAUUUAA